CGGUGGCCGCGGCAGACGGAAGCCGAGCGAGAACCUCGGCGGCGGCAGAAUGGGAGACUCCAAAGUGAAAGUGGCCGUCCGGAUCCGGCCCAUGAACCGAAGAGAAAUUGACUUGCACACCAAAUGUGUGGUGGAUGUAGACGCAAACAAGGUUAUUCUCAAUCCUGUAAAUACCAACCUUUCCAAAGGUGAUGCCCGAAGCCAACCAAAGGUAUUUGCAUAUGAUCACUGUUUCUGGUCUAUGGAUGAGUCUGUCAGAGACAAGUACGCAGGUCAAGAUGAUGUUUUCAAGUGCCUUGGUGAGAAUAUCCUGCAGAAUGCUUUUGAUGGCUACAAUGCAUGUAUCUUUGCCUAUGGACAGACUGGAUCUGGAAAAUCUUACACCAUGAUGGGCACGGCUGACCAACCUGGAUUAAUCCCAAGACUCUGCAGUGGGCUCUUUGAGCGAACCCAGAAAGAGGAAAAUGAAGAGCAGAGUUUUAAAGUAGAAGUGUCCUACAUGGAAAUUUAUAACGAAAAAGUUAGAGACCUUCUUGAUCCCAAAGGAAGCCGUCAGACGUUAAAAGUCAGAGAACACAGUGUGUUGGGACCCUAUGUGGAUGGACUGUCUAAACUGGCUGUCACAAGCUACAAGGAUAUCGAAUCUUUGAUGUCUGAGGGUAACAAAUCCCGUACAGUUGCUGCAACCAACAUGAAUGAGGAGAGCAGCCGAUCACACGCAGUGUUCAAAAUCACCCUCACACACACUUUAUACGAUGUGAAGUCUGGGACUUCUGGAGAGAAAGUGGGCAAGCUGAGCUUGGUCGAUUUGGCUGGCAGCGAGCGAGCGACGAAGACGGGAGCGGCAGGUGACCGGCUGAAAGAGGGCAGCAACAUCAACAAGUCCCUCACAACCCUUGGUCUGGUUAUCUCAGCCCUAGCAGAUCAGGGUGCUGGCAAAAGCAAGAAUAAAUUUGUUCCAUACCGCGAUUCCGUUCUCACUUGGCUGCUCAAAGACAGCCUUGGGGGUAACAGCAAGACUGCCAUGGUAGCUACGGUGAGCCCCGCAGCUGACAACUACGACGAAACCCUUUCAACCUUACGGUAUGCAGAUCGUGCCAAGCACAUCGUGAACCACGCUGUGGUGAAUGAGGAUCCCAACGCACGAAUUAUCCGGGAUCUCCGGGAAGAAGUAGAAAAACUCCGUGAGCAGCUAACCAAAGCGGAGGCAAUGAAAUCUCCAGAGCUGAAAGACCGACUGGAAGAGUCAGAGAAGCUAAUCCAGGAAAUGACUGUGACCUGGGAGGAGAAACUAAGGAAAACCGAGGAGAUUGCCCAGGAGCGACAGAAACAGCUUGAGAGUCUUGGAAUAUCUCUUCAGUCGUCUGGAAUUAAAGUUGGGGAUGAUAAAUGUUUCCUCGUUAAUCUGAAUGCUGAUCCUGCUCUGAAUGAACUUCUGGUUUAUUACUUAAAGGAACAUACACUGAUAGGUUCAGCAAAUUCCCAAGAUAUCCAGCUGUGUGGCAUGGGAAUUCUUCCUGAACAUUGUAUCAUAGACAUCACACCAGAAGGCCAGGUUAUGCUGACUCCUCAAAAGAACACCAGAACAUUUGUAAAUGGCUCCUCUGUAUCCAGUGCUGUUCAGCUGCACCACGGGGACAGGAUACUGUGGGGGAACAACCACUUCUUCAGACUUAAUUUGCCUAAAAAGAAAAAGAAAGCAGAUCGAGACGAUGAGGAGCCAGACAUAUCCGUGAAGAACGACAGCAGUUCUGAGCAGCUGGAUGUUGAUGGAGACUCGUCCAGUGAGGUGUCCAGUGAGAUCAACUUCAAUUAUGAGUAUGCCCAGAUGGAGGUGACCAUGAAGGCACUGGGCGGUAACGAUCCCAUGCAGUCAAUACUGAACAGCCUGGAACAACAGCAUGAAGAGGAGAAACGGUCUGCGUUGGAGCGCCAGAGGCUCAUGUAUGAACACGAGCUGGAGCAGCUCCGGAGACGGCUGUCCCCCGAGAAACAGAACUGUCGUAGUUCAGACAGGUUUUCUUUCCACUCCCCCAGCGCUCAGCAGCGACUGCGGCAGUGGACGGAAGAGAGAGAAGCAACACUGAAUAACAGCCUGAUGAGGCUGAGGGAACAAAUCGUGAAAGCCAAUCUGCUGGUGAGAGAAGCUAGUUACAUCGCGGAAGAACUGGAUAAACGAACGGAAUAUAAAGUGACCCUCCAGAUUCCUGCCUCCAGCCUCGACGCCAACCGGAAGCGAGGCUCUCUCCUCAGUGAACCUGCCAUCCAGGUGAGAAGAAAAGGAAAAGGGAAGCAGAUCUGGUCUUUGGAAAAACUGGACAACAGAUUACUGGAUAUGAGAGACCUUUAUCAGGAGUGGAAGGAAUGUGAAGAAGACACCCCGGUGAUACGGUCUUACUUCAGGCGUGCAGAUCCAUUCUAUGAUGAGCAGGAAAACCACAGUCUCAUCGGGGUGGCCAACGUCUUCCUGGAGUCCCUCUUCUAUGAUGUGAAGUUGCAGUACGCCGUGCCGAUCAUCAACCAGAAGGGAGAGGUGGCCGGCCGGCUGCACGUGGAGGUGAUGCGCCUCAGUGGGGACGUCGGGGAGAGGAUUGCUGGAGGGGACGAGUCCAUGGAGGCCUCCUCGGAUAAGGAGCCCCAGGAGAACAGGCUGGUGUGCAUGGUGAAAAUACUUCAAGCCACUGGGUUGCCACAGCAUCUGUCCCACUUCGUGUUCUGCAAAUACGACUUCUGGGAUCAACAGGAGCCAGUCAUGGUUGCCCCCGAGGUGGACACCUCGUCUUCUCCCAUCAGCAAGGAGCCUCAGUGCAUGGUGGUCUUUGAUCACUGCAGUGAGUUUUCUGUUAGCGUCACUGAAGACUUUAUUGAGCAUCUUUCAGAAGGGGCACUGGCAAUCGAAGUCUAUGGCCAUAAGAUGAACGACCCUCGGAAAAAUCCAGCCCUGUGGGAUUUGGGGAUUAUCCAAGCAAAAACACGCAGUCUUCGGGACAGGUGGAGUGAAGUCACCAGGAAAGUGGAGUUUUGGGUUCAAAUCUUGGAACAGAAUGAGAAUGGCGAGUACUGCCCUGUAGAGGUGAUUCCUGCAAAGGACGUGCCGACAGGCGGGAUCUUCCAGCUCCGGCAGGGGCAAUCCCGGCGAGUCCAGGUGGAAGUGAAGUCUGUGCAGGAAUCUGGGACUCUGCCGCUGAUGGAGGAGCGUAUCCUGUCGGUCGGCAUCGGGUGUGUGAGAGUCAGGGCGCCACGGUCACCGAAGACCCACGAGACCGUCCAUGAGGAAGAGGAGGACAUGGACAGCUACCAGGAUCGGGAUUUAGAGAGACUCCGUAGAAAAUGGCUAAAUGCAUUAACAAAACGUCAGGAGUAUUUAGAUCAACAACUGCAGAAGCUUGUCAGUAAACAUGAUAAGACAGAGGAUGAUGCCGACCGUGAAGCUCAGCUCCUAGAGAUGAGGCUGACUCUGACGGAGGAGAGGAACGCAGUCAUGGUCCCCUCGGCCGGCAGCGGGAUCCCAGGGGCCCCGGCAGAAUGGACCCCAGUUCCUGGGAUGGAAACACACAUUCCUGUCAUAUUCCUUGACUUAAAUGCUGAUGAUUUCAGCUCUCAGGAUAAUCUUGAUGACCCUGAAGCUGGUGGAUGGGAUGCUACCCUCGCUGGGGAAGAGGAGGACGAGUUCUUUGAGCUGCAGAUUGUCAAACAGCAUGAUGGAGAGGUGAAAGCGGAAGCCUCCUGGGACUCGGCCGUGCACGGCUGCCCUCAGCUGAGUAAAGGCACGCCCGUGGACGAGCGGGUGUUCCUCAUCGUCCGGGUGACAGUCCAGCUCAGCCAUCCAGCCGACAUGCAGCUGGUAUUGCGCAAGCGCAUUUGUGUUAAUGUUCACGGCCGGCAGGGUUUUGCUCAGAGUCUCCUCAAAAAGAUGUCACAUCGAAGUUCUAUUCCAGGCUGUGGAGUAACUUUUGAAAUUGUCUCCAAUAUUCCAGAGGACGCUCAGGGAGCAGAGGAACGAGAAACGUUAGCAAGGAUGGCAGCUAACGUGGAAAACACGGCGUCUGCCGACUCGGAAGCGUACAUCGAGAAAUACCUCAGGAGCGUGCUGGCGGUGGAGAACCUCCUCACAUUAGACCGCCUUCGCCAGGAAGUUGCCGUGAAGGAACAGUUGACGGGAAAAGGGAAGCUGAGCAGGAGGAGUAUCAGCUCUCCUAAUGUGAACAGAUUGUCUGGCAGCCGCCAGGAUCUUAUUCCACCCUCCAGUCUGGGUAGCAACAAGGGCCGGUGGGAAAGUCAACAGGACGUAUCACAGAUUGCAGUUUCCAAAGGAAUCGCACCAGCUGCCCCAGCCCUCCGUUCUCCCCAAAGUAACCAUUCUCCCGAUCCAGGACUCAGUAGCCUCGCGGCCUCCUACUUGAACCCGGUGAAAUCUCUGGUGCCGCAGAUGCCGAAGCUGCUAAAGUCUCUCUUCCCUGUCCGUGACGAGAAAAGGGGCAGACAGCUGUCUCCCCUCGCGCAUCAGCCCGUGCCCCGAAUCAUGGUGCAGUCGGCCCUUCCGGACGUCGGGUCGCCCAGGAUGGCUGAGGCUCAGCGGGAGAACGGGGGGCUGCAUGUGGCCCCCAGCAUGCCUGUGGCCCCGCCAGCCACCCCUGCGCCCAAGACCUGUGAUGGGCCCCCGAGAGUGACACCCACCUCCCCGGCCCCCGAGGGUGGGGAUGGGCCCCCCAGCCCCCUGAGCGAAGCAUCCAGCGGCUACUUCUCACACAGCGUCUCCACCGCCACCCUGUCGGACGCCUGUGGCCCGGGUCUGGAUGCCAUAGCCUCGACCCCUCCGGGCCCCGGCCUGGCCGCCCUCGAGCCUCCGGCCGCCUCGGUGGAGGGAAAGACACCAGGCAGCGGUGCAGCCCUGGCUCCAGCCGGGGCGUCUGCAGAGAAGCAGAACCAGGCAGCAGGCCCGCCACCACCACCCAACCAGGUGAGCAGGAGCUACCCUGCCGCCUCCCAGAAGCCAGAGGACACCCAGCCCCAGGGGAGACCAGUCCCCGGCCCAGAGCCCGACGUCUCCAGGCCACCGCCGCCCUCAGACCCCCGGUUCCAGCCGCCCGCUCCUGCCUCUCCGUUCAGGAUCCAGAAGGUGCGGACCUCGGAGCUGAAGUCGUUCACGCGCAUGCUUGGCGGGGACCCCGGCGGCCCCUCGGGGACAGCGGAGGACCCACCGGCCUCGGGGGACCUGGGGGAUGGCGGCGCUGGGGUUCAGGCCCUGGGAAAGCUGGAAGUCUCCUCGGAUUCUGAAGAAGCCAGUGAGGUCCCAGAGUGGCUCAAGGAAGGAGAAUAUGUGAUGGUGGGCACCAACAAGACGGGCAUCGUGAGAUACGUGGGGCCCACCGACUUUCAGGAGGGCACCUGGGUUGGAGUGGAGCUGGACUUACCUUCAGGUAAGAACGACGGCUCCAUCGGCGGGAGGCAGUACUUCAAGUGCAACCCCGGCUACGGGUUGCUGGUGAGGCCGGGCCGCGUGCGCAGGGCAGCAGGCGCGGGGCGGAGGCGCAGCGCCGGGCUCCGUCUGCAGGGCGCCCCCGAGCCCCGCAGGAGUGGCCUGCUCUCCGGCUCCGCCACCAACCUGGCCUCACUGACUGCAGCGCUGGCCAAGACCGAGGGCACGGCGCUGCGGGCUGAGCGCGGCCACGGAAACCCCGAGAACCGCAAGUCCUGGGCCAGCUGA